AUGCCGGUCUUCGCUGUCGUCGUCGUCGAGGGUCCAUUCGGCAUGCACGAGUCGGACCACUCUGGUCCGAGCUGGUAUACGAGUAGGACGGCCAUCUACCAAUUGAACCAGUCCACCACCGUCGGCUGCAAUGCCGCGCCUCGUCGAAUCCCUGGCAUAACGUUCGCUGCGGCUCUGUUACCCGCGUUUGCCCAGGUCCUCCCUGGUCGGGCUCUCGACCAACAUCCUGCCACAAUCGCUGGACCUCACACCACCGACGGCACCACGUCGUUGACAGUCGCUAACGUUAUCCACCAACACCAACAAGCUGGCCCUUUUGCGGCAAGCUGCCUGAGCGGAGUGCUCUGGCAGCCUCCAAGCUCAGUAUCAACUGUGGCGCGACCAUAUCAGGAGUUCUCCUUCGACUUUGAGGGCGGGCAUCCACAAGAAUCAGACCCCAACAAUGCCGCGGUGGCUCAGGUGACGAGCGCUGGAUACCAGCAGCUGCUCCCGCAAGCAUACCACCAGCAGCCGGUCACGGCGUAUCUCUCUCAACACUCGCAACCGGCGCAAGAAUACACGCAAUAUGGCAUCUCGAGCGUUCUCCCCUCGCAGAUGUCUGCGCCGGAACCCACCUACAGCAUGGACCAGACACAGCUGCUGGCAACCCAGAAACCACGACAGAUGUCCCACGUUACGUCAGUUUCCUCCCAUUACGGCAGUCCAUACCAAAGUCCAGGAACGGUUGCGUAUCAGGCGCAUCAGAGCGCAUCCCAGUCGCGGAAACGCAGCUUUCAGGAAGAUACGACUUCAUAUACCUACGACUAUCCAGGUCUCCAACAGCUUCAAUCUCACGCUGCGGGAAGCCAGGUCCCGGUCGAACUCACUCCCCACGGACAUCACGCCCAGCUUCAACCAGGUGCGGCGUUGCAGUACCAGCCGUAUCCGUCUCAGCGACCUUCGCCGCAGCAUUCUCAUUCGGGACAGUCGUCGUCGAUACACUCACAGUCGCUACAAUACCAGCAGCAGGCGCAGCAGCAACAACACCAUCACCACCGCCUCCCCAACCAACAACCUCCCAACAAGAUGCAGCGCACAAUGGGCUCCUUCGACGCCACCCUCUCCCCCCCCGACGAAGACGACCACGGCCCACCCAGCGUCGUCGGCCAACCCGGCAUGCCAGCGCCCGCCCCGCGCCCCAAGGGCCCGAAAUUGAAGUUCACACCGGAGGACGACGCCUUGCUCGUCGAGCUGAAAGAAACCAAGAACCUCACCUGGAAGCAGAUCGCCGACUUCUUCCCCGGGAGGAGUUCGGGGACGCUGCAGGUACGGUACUGCACCAAGCUCAAGGCGAAGACGACGGUGUGGACGGAUGAAAUGCUUCAUCGCCUCCGCACAGCCAUCCAAGAAUACGAAACAGACCGCUGGCGCAUCAUCUCGUCCAAAGUCGGCAACGGGUUCUCGGCGACGGCGUGCAAGGACAAAGCCCUCGAGCUCGUCGAGGAGGACGAGGCGUUGCUGUUGCAGCAGCAGCAGCGCCAGCAGGGCGUGGAGCUGGAGAGUCCGGCGUCCUUGACGGCGACGUUGAGGAGGGAGAGUGUGGGUGUUGUGGGUGUUGUGGGUGGGAAGGAGGGGAAGUUUUGA